AUGGUCGAGGACGAGUUCUACGCCGUCGCGCAAACAUUUACUCAACAUCUACAUCACGCCGAGUACCUGCGACGGCGAAAGCAGGUGAAAGCCGAACACGCAGCCGGGAUAAGAGAAAUUGAGAGGCCUACAGACGGGCGUACCCCACUGCCAAAUGAGGUUGAGCGAAAAAGAGAAGCUGAAGCGCUGAGGGAGCGACAAAAAGCUGGACUCGCACAUAUAGGGGAUGGAGGAGUCGAGGAGAAAGAUGAAGAAGAUGAUGAUGAUGAUGAUGAGAGAUGGGCUGGAACACAUCUUCACGACCUUAUGACGAGUCCACGAAAAACACGGUCUUUAGCGGGAGCUCACGCGCCAAAGUCCUCUACUAGAGCUGCUGCGGGCUUUGGACAAGCACCGACUUUGGGUACUGGACGAGCCCGGGUGAACAGUAUCGGAAGUGUCACUGCACCGUCAAGGGUAUCAGAAGUUAUAAGCAUUGAACUGGAUGAAGAGACGGCCUCGGGCUCGGAUGACGAUGACGAUGACGAUCUUGACCUAGAACCCCGGCCAGUUCUACCACCGCCCAAGGGAACAAAUUCCACUUUACGAAAAGCUCAGGCUCACGAUCAGACAACACUACGAGCCCGGCAACAAUUUGAAAUACCAAGCAUGUCUACGUCAAAACCGAAAGCGAAGCCGACACAUGGGCGACCCAGUCCAGCGAACGCGUAUAAAUCACGGGUUCAAUCGCUUUUCGAUGACCUCGAUGAACUACCAGAGUCAUCUCGGAUAAAUAACUCUAUCUCUAACAAGUCCAAGGAACCUCCUGCAAGACAAUCGCCUGUAACGGGCGGAGGGAACAAUUUAGAUGCAAAAAGAUCCCGGCACACCGAAGUGCCCACCUUCUUGGUGUGA